GGAGGUGAGGCCGAAAAGGCGGCGCGCUGCGGAGGCGGAGCUUCGGUGACUUCAGGUGGUCUCGGCUGAGCUCCGCCUGGCUGCGAGGAUGGCAGGGAGGGGGAAGCUAAUUGCGGUGAUCGGAGACGAGGACACGGUGACUGGCUUCCUGCUGGGCGGCAUAGGGGAGCUUAACAAGAACCGCCACCCUAAUUUCCUGGUGGUGGAGAAAGAUACACCCAUCAAUGAGAUCGAAGACACUUUCCGGCAGUUUCUAAACCGGGAUGACAUUGGCAUCAUCCUUAUCAACCAGUACAUCGCAGAGAUGGUGCGGCACGCGCUCGAUGCCCACCAGCGCUCCAUUCCGGCCGUUCUGGAGAUCCCAUCCAAGGAGCACCCCUAUGACGCCACCAAGGACUCCAUCCUGCGCAGGGCCAAGGGCAUGUUCACGGCCGAAGACCUGCGUUAGGGGACUCCCCACAGCCCCUCCCUCCAUUCCGGCCUCUCCCCAGGCUUGCCAUCAGCCCUUCUGUAGUUUUGAGCCUCUGAUUUCCAAUUCCCUGCCCCUUCCCACUCCAUUGAGAGGCUAGGUGAGGUGCUUCUAGGUUGCCGGGGCUCUGCCAUUAAAAUCAAGGCUGGUUAGGGAACAGGAAGCCUGAGUGUCUUCUCUCUCCACUACCUCUUCCCUGUGCUGUUACAUAGUGUCAUUGUUGAUGUUAAAUUAAAGAAAUGUUCUUCUCUCCAAACUGA